AUGCUAGGCUCAUUGCAGGUCAGUCAUUCGCCGCGUUGUGUCCGGCAGAGUGCCGUCAGAAGCGCCGGCGAUCUCGAGGCGGUUGAUUCAUCCUCACCUCGCGUCGCCACGCGUCCCCUCCACUCACCAUCCCAUCCCCAUCUAUACUUCCCAUCACUGACACCCCCCUUCCCCUCCCCCCAGACCCAAUUCUGGGCCGUCCGCGACUACCUAUCCCCCGUGCUGCGCGACUCGAAAUUCAAAGAAUCCGGUCGGCUGACUCCGGACGAGUUCGUCGCCGCGGGCGAUUACCUCGUUUACAAAUUCCCGACCUGGUCUUGGCAAGCCGCGAAAGAGGAGGCCAAGACGAGGGAUUUCUUGCCCAGGGAGAAGCAGUACUUGAUGCAGAGGAACGGUGAGUCCAUCGUAUUCGCAUGGCUGUUUUUUUCAUUUUCAUUUCGACUUUGAUGCGGCGUUGGAACACGAGUAACGUGCGCGAACUAGCCCGGAAAGUGGGACCAGACAGGCAUGCUUUGAUGGGGCUACAAGAAGGGUGCGUUGCAUGAUACGAUUACUGAAACAUCACUCUGUCGCUCCCGCAGUCCCAUGUCUACGCCGAGUCUCGCAACUCGCUUUCGGCGGCGGAGGCGCCGACGAGGAUGCCGAGACGAUGAUGUCCUUCGCUCAGGAUCUCGAUGGUCGAGGUGCUGACGACGGAGAGGACUGGGUCGCGACGCAUACGAGCUCAAAGGGUGAGUAGUUGUGCAAGUCCACCGGGCGGGCAACCUUGGAUCGGGGACCGGAAAACUCGGCGGCUUCGGCUCGGAAGAAGGCUUUGGCUGACCACUCCCGACUUUGGGUAUGUUGACAGAUCCCAUGGCCACAAAGCCCGCACCAGCGAUGGGUGAUAUACCCGAUCUCGAGGAAGCCUUCGCGUCAACUUUGCUGAGCUCUGGAGCUAAAACUGUGGAUGCGGACGAGCAAGAGCCCGAGGAGAUGCCGGAUAUGGAUGAUAUUCCCGAUAUGGACGACGAUGACGAGGAUGGGAUGGGCGGGGGCUUGGUCGAGGAAGAGGAUGAAUCUGCGUUGAGGGCUACGCCGUCGACAGGGGGUAAGGAUACCACGGGAACGUAAGUUGCUGCCUUUUGACUCAGAGAGGUCUUCGUGCUGUGGAGGAGAGCUGGCGCUGACGGCUGUGAUUUAUGGGGUAGCAGAUCGGAUAAUCUGAUCCAGGUCAGAACUUACGAUUGCUUCAUCACUUAUGACAAGUACUACCAAACACCUCGAUUCUGGCUCUCUGGUUACGACGAGGUGCGUUCAUGAACUUUCGCUCUCGGCGCUCACGCAUCUGCUGAGCCAUCCGUCGUAACCCAACUCUCGCCUGCAGCACAAGACAUCUCUUCCCCCUUCUUCCGCUUUUGAGGACGUCUCGUCUGACCACGCCCAGAAGACGGUGACGAUCGAACCUUUCCCGCACGGCUCGCUAUCCAUGGCCUCGGUGCACCCUUGCAAGCAUUCGUCCGUGAUGAAGAAAGUCAUUGAACGCAUGGACAAGAACGUCGUCGAACUACAACGAAGAGAGAAGAAGAACAACCCUGCUGGACCAGCCCCUGUUGCGACGACGGGUUCGAAAGGUGGCAAGUGGGCGGGAUUGGUGGGGAAAGCGACGGGGAAGAAGGAGGACGCUGCUAAGACGGGUGGUACGGAGGAGGAAGGUCCGGAGGGGUUGAGGGUAGAUCAGUAUUUGGUCGUGUUCCUCAAGUUUAUGAGCUCGAUUGGUGAGUUUGUAAGACGGAUUACGUUUCGAGGAUGAGAGCUGACAAAGUGAUGUGGGUUUGACUUCUAGUGCCGACAAUCGAGGUGGACGCUACCAACUCCAUUGUCAGUACAACCUAUCUUGCCAUUCUCCUCACAAAUAUGAGCUGAUGAAGAAAGCUUCUCCGCCCUUUACAGUAA